CGCCGCCGCCGCCGCCGCCGCGGGGCCGCCAGCCGUGCACCCCGGCGCGCCGUGCAAGAAGAUGGCGGGAUCGGUGGCCGACAGCGAUACUGCGGUGAAACUAGAUGAUGGGCAUUUAAACAACUCCUUGGGCUCUCCAGUUCAAGCCGACGUGUACUUCCCACGCCUGAUAGUUCCAUUUUGUGGGCACAUUAAAGGUGGCAUGAGACCAGGCAAGAAGGUGUUGGUGAUGGGCAUUGUAGACCUCAACCCAGAGAGCUUUGCCAUCAGCUUGACCUGUGGUGACUCCGAAGACCCUCCCGCCGACGUGGCCAUUGAACUCAAAGCUGUGUUCACAGACCGGCAACUACUCAGAAAUUCUUGUAUAUCUGGCGAAAGAGGUGAAGAACAAUCUGCAAUCCCUUACUUUCCAUUCAUCCCAGACCAGCCGUUCAGGGUGGAAAUUCUCUGUGAGCACCCACGUUUCAGAGUGUUUGUGGAUGGACACCAACUUUUUGAUUUCUACCACCGCAUUCAGACGUUAUCUGCAAUCGACACCAUAAAGAUAAACGGGGACCUCCAGAUCACUAAGCUUGGUUGAUGCUGUUUAAACCACCUCUAUUUCAAAUAGGAUCAGGUGCCACAAUUAUCUGACUGUGGGUCUGGAAGAAGUGUCCCAGCCAGACCUGGAGACU